GUUGAAUUUGUCUCUCGGCAGAUGCCGGUCAACAGUAGCACAGUCCUCCCGCUCGCCCGCAGGCUACUCGCCUACACCAUCGAGGCCACCAGCUUCCUGGACAUGAUGGAUGUGAUAUACGUCUCCCAGAUGGUCGAGAAGUUCAUCGGAUGGACGGGCGAGAUCCACGAGCUUGGGGAGCUGAUAGUGGAGAUGGCAAGUAACCUGAUGCGUGUGGAUGCGGGGGUGCUGCGCCUGGCCCAGCAGGAGAGCGGUGCAUGUACGCGGGUGGUCUGGGCCGUGGAGCGUAUCGCCAGCCUCAUCCUCACCGCCAACUCCCAAACCAUCAGCAAGGUUUCGGGCAACAUCGCGGUGGAGGCGUUCCUGGUGAAGCCGGCCAGCUUCCUGGGCCUGGGCUGCACCGCCUUCCACCGCCUCCCUCCGCCCGGGAUCGCCGGGGACACCGCGCCCCCUCCCACUUUCCCCCUCCGCUUCCGCUGCAGUGCCGGCAACCGCAACGCUUCCCUCACCGGCUUCCCCAUCAAGAACAGUGAGGCUCUGGCCGCAGUGCAGCUUCCCCCGGCGCUGUUUGCCGGCCUCGCCGACGCUCCCCGCACCAACGCCAGCUGCUGGCUGCAGUUCGUGGCCUUCCGCAACGGCAACCUCUUCCCCAGCACCGGCAACUCCAGUGGUCUCGCCGACCGCGGACAGGACAGGACCCCCGCCACGCCCGUCAUCUUCACCUCCGCAGGUGGGUGUGGAGUGGAGGAGCUGGCCAAACCGAUCCAGGUGUCCCUGCGUCACUGGCAGCCAGGCGACGACCAGGUGGCUGCCAGCUGGGACUUUGACCUGCUGGACGGCCUGGGUGGUUGGCAGGAAGCAGGGUGCCAAAUAUCCCAGACUCAGGGUAACAUCAGCACCCUGAGGUGCCACCAGUUCAGCAACGUGGUCGUUCUGAAGAGAAUAAGCAACCAGUCUGCCCCGGUUGAUGAAAGUGCCCGGAGUCUCCACCCCAUCAUCUACACCUGCACUGCCUUCCUCUUACUCUGUAUCUUCACCGCCAUCAUUGCUUACAUCCUGAGGCACAACACGAUCGGCAUUUCCAAGAAGAGCUGGCACAUGUUGCUUAACCUGUGGUUCCACAUCUCCAUGAGCUGUGCCGUCUUCACCGGCGGCAUCAACCGCAAGGACUACGGGCUGCUCUGCCAAGUGGUUGGCAUCGUGCUCCAUUAUUCAUCCCUUUCAACCUUGCUGUGGAUUGGAGUUUCCGCCAGGGUCAUUUACAAAGAAGCCACACAGAAAUUACAGCGGCAACAGGAGCUGGAGCUACCUGCUCCCGCACAGCGUCCGAUGCUCAGGUUUUAUCUCAUUGCUGGAGGCAUUCCUCUGAUUAUCUGUGGGAUCACCGCAGCAGUCAAUCUUCACAAUUACAGCAAUGUCAGCCCGUACUGCUGGCUGGCCUGGAAGCCGAGCCUGGGCGCUUUCUACGUUCCAGCGGGCUUCACCAUACUGGUCAGCUGGAUCUACCUACUGGGUGCCGGCCUGCAGCUGGGCUGCCGACGGCGGGGCAAGGCCGAUGCUGGGGGAUUGCCGGAGCAGCCGGCGGUGAGCGGCGGCCAGGGCCCGGACUCGGCCUCGGUCAGCGGGCCCUCUCCGGCCACCGACAUGGUGUAUUCGCUGGAAGCGCGGCUGUGGGCACUGGCUGGAACUCAGCUGCUCUUCGUCGGCCUGUGGAUGUGCGGGGCGUUGUCGGUGUGGGGUACGCCGCCGCUAGCCGUGCUCUUCAGCUGCCUGUAUGGGGUGGGGGCGGUGGCUCUGGGCCUCUUGGUGCUCAUCCACCAUUGCCUCCGGCGGCACGACGUGUGUGGGCCGUGGCGGGGCUGUGCCCAGCAGCCGGGGGCUGAGGCUGGCGGCUCCCCCGCCUCCCCUCCGGCCUGCCCGGGCCCCGAGGCCGGCGGCAGCCCCUUCUCGGCGGGCGGCCAGUGCAAGAUGACCAACCUGCAGGCCGCACUGAGCCAGGGAGACCGCGGUGGUGGCGGCGGGGGCGGCGCCCGGAGCCCGACUCCGUGCGCGGACAGCGAGGCGGAGGCAGAGGACAAGGCGCCGGCCUGCCGUGGCCACAGGCCCGGACCUAAGCCACCGGUGGAUGGCAAACCGCAGCGGCUGAGGGCGCUGAGGGCCGCCGCCGCCGCCGCCACCUCGGACGCGGCCUCGAGCGACACCGGCAGUGGGCGCCUGAGCAACGGCAGGCCGGGCCGGCACGCCAGCCACAGCCCGUCGGAGGGCAGCGACAGCAGCGGACAGGCCCCGGGCUCAGGCUCGGGCUCGGGCCCGAGGCCGGGCCUACAGGCCAGCGUUAGCCGCGACAGCCUGAAGCAGGCCGGUCCCCUGGAGAAGGAGGUGAAGCGGAGGUCCUACCCGCAGAACGGCGCUCAGAGGGCCGGCGAAACCGGAGCCACCAUCAGCGCUGGCCUGUGGAAGAGCGAGACCACGGUGUGAAGAUGCUGCCGCGGGGAGCGCUGUCCAGGCCCAGAACAAAGCUCCCCUUCCAGAGGAAAACUCCCAACGCAGUCACCAGCUUCACCACAGGCCCCCAAAACCCAGGGGCCUCAGGCAAGGUUGGUUCCUCAACUCCAUCUCUUCAAUCACUUUAUAUCUU